AUGUGCCCAGUUGUUGUUGAUGGAAAUGGUCAUGGUGCACAGCCGGCCCAUCGGUCAUGGUGCACUGCCGGUGAAGAAGUAGUCAUGGCAGUCAUCGAUAAAGCUUUUGCAAGCAAAACCAUCUCAAACUUGACCAUAAAUUCCCCACCGGCCACCAUGGCCAAAACCCAAACCAUUUCAAAAUUCCUACGUCUUUUCACAACUCUCUUAUACCUGACCACCGCUGCCUCUGCAAAACAUGACCGGUUCGGUACACUCUCGUCUCGAUCAAAACUGGGCCUCAAGGCAGAAAAACUAACUCAUCUCCAAUUCUACUUCCAUGACAUAUUCAGUGGGAGAAACCCAACUGCAGUGCGAGUUGCUGAGGCAGCAAUGACUAGAACUUCGCCAUCAUUGUUUGGUGCUAUGAUUGUGUUUGACGACCCAUUGACUGCAGGACCUGAUGUGAAGUCCAGAAUGGUAGGAAGAGCACAAGGAAUUUACGCCACUGCCUCGCAAAAUGAGGCGGGUUUGUUGAUGGUGAUGAAUUUUGCUUUUAUGGAUGGCAAUUACAAUGGGAGUACACUAACUGUGUUGGGCCGCAACACCGUGUUCUCUGCGGUGCGGGAGAUGCCAAUUCUUGGGGGGAGUGGACUGUUCCGGUUCGCGCGAGGCCAUUCUGAGGCCAGAACUCACUUCCUCAAUACUACGGGCCCCCCUACAACAGGGGAUGCUAUUGUGAAAUAUGACGUCUAUGUCUUCCAUUAUUGA